GGCUCGAGUAACAGAAUCUGCAUGAAGUUUUAUUUUUAUUUUUCAUGAAAGUUUUAGCACAAACCCCAGCACCAUAAAUACCCGGCCUUGCUAUUCUUUUUCAGUAUACCCUGGUGUCAUUUUCAUUGUCAGCAAAACCUUCAAAAGCCCUCAUCUCCUACAGACAGAGAGAGAGCAAAAAAGUGAUCCCCUUAUUCAGUUUGUCUUUACAACUGUAAAUAAAAGAAAGGAUAAGAAAAUUCCCACAUUUUAUGUGGUGUUGAAGUUCAGAGUGGUUAUGCAUAUACCAAAACACGGUCCAACUUUCACUAGCUACAAAUAGUCACCAUAGCCUUAGCCUACGGCCAUAGCUUUUGCGAAACAUAACAGCCUAAAAUUCCAUUUCCUCUCAUUCCUCUGUACCUUCCUCCCCAAAAAAGAAACAGUUGUUACAUGCUCAUUAGUAAUCCCAGUAGCCGCAUCUGCGACAAAAAAAGGUACAAAAAGUUGUGGGGCAUUUCCUUAUAGUUGCCACCAAAAUUAGUAUAUAUACUAGGGACAUUGGCAUUGGACUCCGAUCUUUUGUCCUGCUACUUCCAUCCUUCCUCAAAUCCUUCUUUAUACAGAGAUAAUAAUCUCUUAUUCUACGACGUAUAGUUCCAUAAAAUACAUAUUUGCAGGCUUUUAUUUCAUCACCAUGAAUCUCUCUUACUCCAUCUGCAAACAAGCACAACCCCUUAUUAGUUUUACGGGAGGGCUGAACACAAACUCCUUGAACUUUCAUAAUCGCAAGGACAAGGUGGUGGUGGUAAUGGGAGCAACAGGGACUGGAAAGUCAAGACUUUCAAUCGACUUAGCAACUCAUUUCCAAGCUGAAAUAAUAAAUUCUGAUAAGAUCCAAGUGUAUAAAGGGCUCGACAUAGUCACCAAUAAAGUGACAGAAGAAGAGUGCCGGGGUAUACCCCAUCAUCUCUUAGGGAUAAAAGAUCCUGAUGCUGAUUACAAUGCAACCAAUUUCCGCCAUGAUGCCUUGCUUGCAAUAGAAUCCAUCAUCGAACAAGAUAAGCUCCCAAUUAUAGCAGGUGGAUCAAACUCAUUCAUCGAAUCCCUAGUGAAUGAUGAUCCCUACUUUGCAUCAAGGUAUGACUGUUGCUUCCUCUGGGUUGAUCUCUCCCUACCCAUUCUCCAACGCUUUGUAUCAGAACGGGUUGAUCAGAUGGUGGAAGCAGGUUUGUUAGAGGAGGUAAGAGGGGUAUUUGACCCAGAAGCCAAUUAUACUCAAGGAAUACGGCGUGCAAUUGGUGUCCCUGAAUUUGACAGUUUCCUCCGGGCAGAAGGGAAAAAUACGGACCAAGAAAUCUUGGACACCCUCCUACAUCUUGCCAUUGAUGAAGUCAAAGAAAACACCUGGAAACUAGCAUGCCGUCAGCUUCAAAAGAUACAUCGACUAAGAGAUUUUUGGGGAUGGAACUUGCAUCAUAUUGAUGCUACAGAAGUAUUUCUAAAACAGGGAGAAGAUGCUCAUGAAGCAUGGAAGAGACUCAUUGUAGGUCCAAGUGUUAUGACCGUGGCACAAUUCCUGUACAGACCCACCAGCGUGCAAAAUUUUCCAAAAUCUCCAAGCACAACUGUCAUUCCAAGGACAGUACCAUCUAUGGCAGCUAUGGCCACUGCUUCUCACUAGCCAAGGUUUCUUAAACAUACAAAGAUCCAUCAAUACUUCUUGUUUGCCUCUAGAGAUUGGAAGACUGCCUCUUAGAGAAACUAAACAAAACAAAAAAGAUAUGUUUUUUUAGGCAGUAGAGACGUUGCUAUCAGGCUGAAAAAGAGCCGUACUGUUGGUAUCAGUAUUGAAAAUCGAGCCUGUGACGGCUGCAACGGCGCACGUACACACAAAAAUAUAUCCGUACAGUUAAGUUAAACUCAGUGGAGGUAGUAGGCCUGGUAGGCCCCUAUAUAGCAUAUGAGGAAUAAUCCAAAUAAGACUUGUGGGUACCCACAAUCACUUGAGAGGAGGACCUUAAAGUGUAGGAGCCCAUACCAAAUGGAAUGGCGUUUGGCUUUUUAAUAUGCCCGCCCUUUGCAUUUUCAUUUUUUUUUUUUGUCUUUUCAUUUCUUUGUUUGUUUUACUAGUAGGUUUGUCGUUUGCCUUCUGUCUUAUCAUUUCUUUACACAUAGGAACAGUUUGCGGUGUGCCGGUGUGCCCCCUAUCUUCCAUGGGUUAUGAUCUGUUUUUCUACUUAUAUAAUGUAUGAAUCACUGGAUUACUGAGAUUUCCAACAUAUACAUCUUGCUCUUA